AUGACCACGACAAAUGCUUCACCUAAGCGGUCCCCUACGACUCUAAUCGAUCUUCCACCCGAACUUUGGCAACAGAUAGCCGAUCACCUCGAAACCGCGUCCUCGCUGUCCAAUUUCUCGCGAACAAGCAAAUCGCUCUAUGCAGCAAUUGAGAAAGAUGGGUGGAAGUCCUUCUGCCGGAGUCGUUUCCCUUCAAUAGCACCACGGACAACGCCAUCGUUCAGAGAAACAGCACGUACAUUGACAAGGCUGUCCAGAGCAUGGGACAGAAGAGCAUUUGUUGCUCGCCAUGUUGAACCAAGAGGAGACAUCACGUCUUAUCCAGGUGGUAAGCAGUUGGAUAGGUGGAAGCCUCCAAAGGGACAAACAAUAGGUUUCACGCCACAGCUAGAUGUCUACGAGGAAGUUGGGCAGACAUGGAGAGACAGAAAGGAGACACUGGCAUUUAGUGCUGGGGCUCAGGUUUGUCUACGACGGACUAGUGGAGAGAAUGUGAAAUGGACAACAUAUCGGCCCCGGACAGCAAGAGAGGGUAAAGACGAUAUCACAACUAUGCACCUCCUGAGGCCGUUCGAGGGCGACCCAUCAAGUGACCGGCAGAGAGUCGUGACGGGAACGGCGAAUGGCGAUUUACAGAUGCUGAACUUGCCUCUGGAUGGUCGGGAAGGGCAAGACGUGGACAUUACCUACUUCACCACGCAAGGGAAGUGUGUGAGAGCCGCUAGCGUCCUUGAACGUCCUGGAAAUACUACCCUCCUGGCCGCCAACCUGAGUGAUGCCCGAGUCGCGCUCUACAAAGUCUGUUCGGAGCAGUCAAAGAUCGCUCCAACAAGCGAGUUGGAGGUGGUACCGCCUCUGCAAGCGAAUGGUAAUCCGUCAGGCUUCUUCAGGCUGUGGUCGACAAACUUUCUAUCACCGUCGAUGCUAGCGAUUGGCACCGGGCCUUCCGAGUCACCGAUCUCAGUCUAUUCUCUCCGCGACUCAGGCCUUUCUCAGACACCAACACGGAAAUUCGGCCUGCAGAGAGGAUCACCGUCCUCUGUAUAUUGCACAGUCCCGCUUCCCACAAGCAACGGGACCCCUUCGGACGGCAACGUGUUCCUAUCAGGGGCGUAUGACGGUGUUGUACGAUUGCAUGAUCUACGUUCCAACAGGGACGUUGAACAAGCAUGGAGCGACCCUGCAGACGAUGGCACAAUCUAUAAUAUAUUACCUCGUGGCCAAGAGAAAAUACUCGUAGGAACCAGCAGGCAUCAUCUACUGAAGGUCUUCGACAUGCGCAUGGAGGCGAAACGCUACAAUUAUCUCGACGGUUACCAGUCGUCGCGCGAUCAAUCGGGGCCAUCUGACUACAAUAUCUUCCUACGCCCGAAUAACACAUCCUUCACGGCUCGAGGAAGUGGGUGGGGCCGCAGCCGGAACUUCACGACCGAAUCGAGUGUGUACUCACUCGCCUCCCCUUCCUUUCACUCUCCAUAUAUCUAUGCCGGUAUCGAAGGGGCGAUCUGGUCACUUGCAUUCACAGAAGUUUUAGACAAACACCCUGAUCCCGUAUGGUUCGAACCGUGGUCUGCAGGCAAGGAAAGCAAGGCCGGCAGUGCGAAGGGCUUCAACUCUAAGGAGGUACUGGGCUUGGCGAUGUACGAUCAAGGCACAGUCAUGAAGCUGCAAGUACAGAGGAGUCUGUGGGAGACUUGGAGGGCAUGUACACCCCGAAGGAAGGGCGUGGAUCAUGGACUGCUCGAUGAGCGAUGGAAGGGAGCCAACGAGUUCGGACCCUGA